UAGCAGGAAGGAAGGGAAGGGAAGGGAGGGAGAUAGAAAGAGAGAGGUGGUGAGGUGGUGAGGUCCUGGUUAAAGUCAAACCGGGGCUGCCCCCGCGCUCGUGCUCGUGCUUGCGCUCGCGCUCCAGGCGCACUGGCAAUGCGAAGAUGUCCGUGAGCUACCUGCUGGAGAGGGACAGUGGCGGCGGCGCUGGAAGCAUGUACGGGAAUCCGGUGAGGCACGUGAACCUGAGCAUGGGAGCCCACCAGGGCGUUUACCCCUCUCCCCCUUACUCGGACUACGGCGGCUACCACCACCACCACGUCGCCGCGCUCGAGCACCAGCAGAGCGGCUGGAGCCCGGUGUACGGCGCGCCCCACGACGAGUGGCCCCUGUACGGCCACGGCUCAGCGCACGCGUACCCCGGCCUGGGUCCCAGCGGCGUGGGGCUGGUGCCCGCUCCGGAGCAGAGGAGCCUGCCGACCGUCGGAGCUCCGAAUCCUGCCGUGCCUGCGGUUGCUGCUAUUAAUCCGCACCUCUCCCCCGCCUCGGAGAGAGAGCAGGCCGAGUGGAUGAGGCGCGUCCCACCUGCGACCACAGGAGGGAAGACCAGAACGAAGGACAAGUACAGAGUGGUGUACAGUGACCACCAGCGGCUAGAAUUGGAGAAAGAGUUCCACUUCAGCCGCUACAUCACCAUCAGGAGGAAAGCCGAGCUGGCUGCGACUCUUAACCUCUCGGAACGACAGGUAAAGAUCUGGUUCCAGAACAGACGUGCCAAAGAGAGGAAGAUCAACAGGAAGAAGAUGCAGCAGUCCCAGCAGGCCUCCACCACCACAGCCACCCCACCCACUGUCACCCACGAUGUCCAUGGGAACGUUGCUAUAGUCGCUAGCGCUAGCAACAGCUUGUUGACGGACACGUUAUCUACCACUAUCAAAGAAGAAUACUAAAAACUGCUGAUAGCAGAGGUGGAACACUUGAAGUGAAUGUUAAACAAAAUAAACGUUUACACUACACCCUCACUGAUGCUGAAUAAACCUAUCGUAUCACACUGAACACGCAAGAGAAAAAA